AUGAAGCCCAAUCACCACCUGCGCAUUCCCGAUGAGUCGAUCGUGCAAGCCGUCAAGCUUUCUGCCCGUUACAUCACCGACCGUUUUCUUCCCGAUAAGGCCAUCGACGUCAUGGACGAGGCAGGCGCUCGCGUGCGCCUGCGAAGCGUGACGCCGCCGCCGAUGAUGCGUGACCUGCAGCGGCAAAUUAACGAGAUCGCCAAGUCGAAGAAGGAGAAGAUCGAGAAUCAGGAAUUCGAGCGCGCCGUUGAAUUGCGGGAUCAGGAAGAGGGGAUGCGGCGCCAGGUGGAAGACCUGAGGACCGAGUGGGAAGAAGCACAAGAGGAAUCCGAAAUACCCGUGACAGAAGAGGACAUGGCGUACGUUGUGUCCCGGAUGACGGGUAUCCCGCUGUCGAAGAUUGAGGAAGCCGAGUCGCGACGCUUGCUCAAUAUGGAGGCGGAGAUCCACAAUCGCGUGGUUGGCCAGGAGGAGGCGAUUGCCGUAGUCACGCGGGCGAUCCGUCGCUCACGGGCCGGCCUCAAAGAUCCGCGCCGUCCGGUGGGAACGUUCAUUUUCCUGGGCCCCACGGGGGUUGGCAAAACCGAGUUGGCGCGUGCCCUCGCCGAGUUUCUGUUCGGUCACGAGAGUUCACUCAUUCGGGUUGACAUGUCGGAGUACAUGGAACGUUUCAGCGUAUCGCGCCUGAUAGGGGCGCCUCCUGGAUAUGUGGGGUAUGACGAGGGCGGACAGCUCACGGAGCAGGUGCGGCGGCGGCCAUACUCGGUCGUGUUGCUCGACGAGAUCGAGAAGGCGCACCCGGACGUCUAUCACAUGUUGCUUCAGGUCAUGGACGACGGGCAUCUCACCGACAGCUACGGGCGCAAGGUGGACUUCAAGAACGUCGUGCUCAUCAUGACCUCGAACGUAAGCGCUCGCACGAUCGAGAAAAACACGGCGAUCGGCUUCCAGAGGGAUGAGGAGGGCACGUUCGAGAAGAUCAAAGAGAACGUCAUGAACGAGCUCAAGCGCACCUUCAACCCUGAGUUUCUCAAUCGUAUCGACGAAGCGAUUAUGUUCCACUCGUUGAGCCUUGACCAUAUGCGGUACAUUGUGGACAUCCUACUUGGCCGUUUGAACGAGCAGAUGGCCGACAACGGUAUCACGCUCGAGAUUGACGACAGCGCUAAGACUUGGCUGGCGGAGCAGGGAUACGAUCCGGCUUAUGGUGCGCGGCCCCUGAAGCGCGCCAUCCAACGCCACAUUGAAGACCCUCUGUCCGAGGAGGUGCUGCGUGGCGAGUUUGCGCAAGGCGGCGUCGUGGAGAUCAAGCUGGCAGGGGAAGAAUUGGUGUUCCUCUCCAAGGAGGAAGAUGCGGUGGAAACCCUGUCCGAUAGCUAA